AAAAACUAAAUAAACAAGAAAAAUAAGAAAAAAAAAAUAGAGAAAGAGAGAAAGAGAAAGAAUAACCACGCAACAGAAAACGGAGUCAGGAUGAACACCACAGCGGUAACACCUGGAGGAGGAGGAGGAGGAGGAGGAGGAGGAGGAACAGGAGCAACAUCAUCACCACCAUCAGGAGGCGGUGUAGUAUCUGAAUUUUACCGUGACCGCAGUUUGCUGAUCACGGGGGCCACGGGGUUCAUGGGGAAGGUCCUGGUGGAGAAGUUGCUGAGGUCCUGCCCCGGGAUAUCCUGCAUCUACCUGCUCAUGAGACCCAAAGGCGGCCAGGACGUGAGGGCAAGACUGGAUGAACUGCUGAACUCAAAGCUCUUCGACCAGCUUCGCGCCACAUCCCCGGAGGCCCUGCGGUGUCUGGUGCCAAUACAGGGGGACAUCAUGCUGCCAGGGCUCGGAGUGGCACCUCAGGACGCCGCCACGCUGAUUUCCAGAGUUUCAGGUGUUCAUGCAGCUGCCACCGUGAAAUUUGACGAGGCUCUCAAACUGUCGCUGCAAAUGAAUGUCCUGGGUACAAAACGCCUGGUGGAGCUUUGUCACAAGAUGGAGCGGCUGGUGGCCCUCAUCCACGUGUCCACCGCCUACUGCAACUGUGAUCGUGGGGAGGUGAAGGAGAUGGUGUACCCGCCCCCCACCGACCCCUACAAACUCAUCCAACUGGUAGACUGGAUGGAUGACGACACUUUCAACCACCUCACGCCUAAGCUGAUUGGCUCUCGUCCCAACACCUACACAUACACCAAGGCGCUGGCGGAACAUGUGCUGGUGCAGGAGGCCGCCUCACUCCCCCUCGCCAUUGUCAGACCCUCCAUAGUGGCGGCAGCGUGGCGUGAACCAUUGCCGGGCUGGGUGGACAACCUGAACGGACCAACGGGGCUCAUUGUGGGGGCCGGGAAGGGGAUGCUGCGGACCCUACACUGCCGAGGGGAGCUGGUGGCCGACCUCAUCCCUGUCGACAUUCCCAUUAACCUGCUGAUUGUGGCGGCCUGGUACACUGCUACUCAGAGGAAGAACGGGGAGCUGCUGGUGUACAACUGUGUGUCCGGCAUGGAGCGUCCAGUGCGGUGGGGUGAGAUCAACAAGCACGGGAUGUCAGCGCUGAGGAGGAACGCGAUGAAUGACGUCGUGUGGUACCCCAGUCUGAGGUUCACACAGCACAAGGCUCUCAACACCAUCGCUGUCUUGCUGCAACACUGGCUCCCCGCUUACCUCAUGGAUGCUGCUGCUAAACUGGCUGGCAAGAGACCAAUCAUGGUCAGAAUCGCGCAGAAGCUAGACCGCGCUGCCUCCUGCCUCGAGUACUUCACAACACAUGAGUGGCACUUCUGCAAUGACAAUGUGCAGGGGCUGUGGGCGGCACUCUCUGACACUGACCAGCACACCUUCAACUUUGCCCUCUCUGCCCUGCACUGGCCUACCUACAUGGAGCAGUACUGUCUAGGCACCAAGCGUUAUGUCAUGAAGGAAGAGCUCACCACACUGCCCACUGCUCGACGCCAUCUCUCCAAGAUGUUUUGGGUGCAUCAGCUGGUGAGGUUCAUGGGUGCAGCCGCCCUCACAGCCCCCCUCCUCUUCUCCUUCGCUGCCCAAAGUGAUGUGGUGGGUGCAGCAGGCGUGGCGGGUGGUGGUGGUGGUGGUGGCGUGGCGGCUGGUGAUGCUGAGAAGUAGAGCGGCACGGCGGAGUUGGGCAGCGCUGUUCCGCCUCCUGCUAAGAUUACUUACCUAUUUGCCGCUUUUCAAUAGGAUAUGAUGAGCGGUGCCAUUCGUCUAGGCUGUUGUUUAAGCUACUUCUAUUACUAUUACUACUAUUAUUGCUACUACUACUACUACUACUACUAUUACUACUACUAUUGCUGCUGCUGCUUAUACUAUUGUUGUGUAUAUGCUUGUUUUUUUUUCUCCGUUUUUUUUAUCAUUGCUGCUAUUUCUACUACUACUACUACUACUACUACUAC